CAUGUUUCCCUGUCAGUGGUUCGUGUGUCUGAUGAAGAGGAGGAGGAGCGCGUCUCCGUGCAGCCUCCGGAUCUCCGCGCAGCGCAGCGCAGGGCGGGGCGACGCCGCGCAGCAGCAGCUUCAUCCCGGCUGACCGACUCCAACCUCCUGCUCGUCUCCGGGCCGCGACAUGGACCCCGCAGCCCGGCCCGCUUCCCCUGGCUCUCAGUAGGUCCGGUUCGGAUGAGGAUGCGCAGUUAGAAGCGCGCAGCGGAAAUCUCCCGCAGAUCGAAUCUGUGCAAAGCGUCGCGGAGCGUCGGCCGCUGCGGCAGAAACAGCGCCAUUGUUUGGAUGCGCAGAGGAGCGGGAGGCUCCAGGCCGGGCUGAGAGCGCUCAGAGCCGGCAGCCAGCAUGCUGCCCCCGCCGCUGCUCGCCGUCCUGCUGCUCGGCUCGGUCCAGGUGUCCACCAAUCAGGAGGGACUGAUUGUGGCGGCGCUGGAGCGUGGCGACCUUCAGGACAACGUCACAGCGUACGCGGUGCAGAUCUCAGGAGAACCUCGGCUGGUUCUGGUUCCAUUCAUCAAUACCAGAGAGCCGCUGCUGUUCAACGCGUCGUUCCACGGCCUCUGCUACACGGUGGGGCUACUGGUCAAACUGGGACAGAGCUGGUCCCGACCCAUGAAGAGCGUUCCUGUUCUCACAAAGCCACUUCCUGUCCGUGCAGCGUACAUCUCAGACUACAGAGAGGCUCCAGAAACGGGCGUUGUGUUCGACAUUGACCCACCGAUCAGAACCGUGUUCAGCCGGGUCAACAUCAGCUACACAGAGGGCCUGGAGCGCCGCUCCAUGCUCUAUAAAGAUUUCUACAAAGGGAAGACGGUGUUCAAGCACUGGCUGCCGGGCGUGUGCUACCGGAACAUCACCUUCCAGCUCAUCUCCGAGGCGACGGCGCUGCAGACGGCGCUGACCAGCCACAGCGACGUCACACACAGCCCGCUGCACCACCGCACAGUGCCCUUCCCGCCCCUCAACGUCUCCCACAGGGUGCUGUCUCUGAGCCGCCGGGCCGCAGCGGGGGGCCAUGAGGUGGUGGCCGGACGGCGAACGGUCCGCCGGGUGCGGGACGUCCCGCUGAUGCAGGGGGCGGCGACGCAGCCUGAGGAGGACGUCGUCUUCGAAGAGGAGGAAGCGACUCCUCGGGUUUCCUUCAACGGUACGCAGAACGUGACGGAGAGCGCUGCCGUUAACAAUGGCAGCCGCGCAGAGGAGGCGGAGCUUCAGAGCUACUGGCUGGACCCCACGGAGAUCUCCCCCGCCGACAGAGACGAGGAAUUCAUCAACGCCGUGGUGUCGGAGUACGAGGACUCCAACGAGCCGGGGUCGGCCAUGGCCGGGCCCGCCGAGGUUCCGGUUCUGCCCACCAGGCUUCCCCCCGUCCUGCUGGAGCUGCGCUGGCUGCCCCCACGACCUCCGACCUCCUACGACGGCUUCAACGUCUACAUCUACAGAGAAGGGAACUCCACAGAGAUGGCGACUGUGGACGAGAACACGCACGAGUUCUUUACGGAGCUGACAGAGCCGGGAACGUACCGAGUCCAGGUCACCACACUGAGUUCGUCUGGAGACUGUGAGGCCCGGGAGAGCAGCGCCGACACCGGCUUCACCUUCUACCUCAGUCCCAGCGGCGAGCUGUUGGAGGAGCUGCGUGAGCGUCCUCAGGGCGUCAGCGUCAGGCUGCUGGACCCCAGCACCGCCGCCGUUUCCUGGGCUCCGUCCGCUCAGAGCCACAACGGCAGCCUGGUGUCGGUGGUGUCCACCACCUGCCUGAAGCCCAGCCUGAGCCAGAGGAUGGAGAACAGCUACUGCAGCGAGGAGAACUCGACCAGUGACAUCAUCAGCAACCUGACGCCCGGCGCCCAAUACCGCGUGGUCGUCUACCACACCAACGGCCCUCUGACCAGCCCGCCGUCCGAACCGGUCAUCAUCGACAUCGAGCCCACAGGCGUGCGGGAGCUGGCGGUGUACCCUCUGGGCCCCACGGCGGUGGUCCUCAGCUGGCAGCGGCCGUACCACGUGGCCUUCAGGAAGUACGUCCUGCAGACCUUCUUCUUCAACCCCGUCACGUUGGCGUCCGAGUGGACCACCUACUACGAGAUCGCCGCCACCGCCUCCGUCAUCGCCACCGUGAGGGUCACCGACCUGCUGCCCGCCUGGUACUACAACUUCAGGGUUUCCAUGGUAACCUGGGGCGACCCGCCGCUCACCUGCUGCGACGGCUCUACGGUCAGCUUUGUUACAGCUCCAGAGGCGCCCCACAUCUCGUCGGUGGAUUACUCCCAGGGGGUUCUGGUGGUCCGGUGGACCUACGGCGAGCUCUUCAUCGACCUGAGCCACUCCAGGAUGCUGCACUGGCAGGUGGAGGCCGUGGGCAAGAAGGGGCCGCAGAGGAGAUACUCUGUAGACGUGACCCGGAACGCCAUGCGGGCCAGCCUGCCGCUGCCGCCGGGAGACAUCUACAACCUGACGGUGACGGCGUGCACGGAGCGCAGCAGGAACACAUCUGUUCCCAACAUCAUCAAACUGGAGCCAGCCCCUCCCCGCCUGUUGCUGGCCGUCAACGCCACACACUCGUCUGUCACGCUGCUGUGGAGCGAGGACGGCGUGGUGGACUACUACCAGGUUCUGUGCCGACCCAACUGGGCCAGCAAGGAGCUGAAGGCCGGAGAGCCCAUCACCUCCACCGCUCAGGUUCUGACCGUUUCGGGUCUGGUUCCGUCGUCCAGCUACAACUGCAGCGUGACGAGCUUCAGCUACAGCUCAGCCAGCCGGCCGGCCCGCAUCACUGUCACCACCGCAGCCAAAGAGAUGAACCCGAGCGUGGCGGCCAUCUCGGCGCUGGCCGUCCUGAGCGUCCUGCUCAUCAGUCUCCUCGUUCUCUUCCUGCUUGUCCUCCGCAAGAAACACCUGCAGAUGACCAGGAACUGCGGCGCCGAGACCUUCGUUAACUUCGCCUCGUUUGAGCGAGAUGGGAAGCUUCCCUACAACUGGCGAAGAAGCCUCUUUGCCUUCCUUACCCUCCUGCCAUCCUGCCUUUGGACUGACUAUCUUUUGGCUUUUUAUAUUAAUCCGUGGAGCAAAACGGCGUUAAAGAAACGGAAGCUGACCAGCCCGGUGCAGCUGGACGACUUCGAGGCCUACUUCAAGGACAUGAGCAAAGACUCCGCCUACAAGUUCUCCCUGCAGUUCGAGGAGCUGAAGAGCGUCGGCCUGGAUCUGACCCACGAUGCCGCCGACCUGCCGGUCAACAGGCCCAAGAACCGAUACACCAACAUCCUGCCCUAUGACUUCAGUCGGGUCAAGCUGGUCUCCAUGCACAACGACGAAGGUUCUGAUUACAUCAACGCCAACUACAUCCCCGGAUACCGACAUUCCAAGGAGUACAUCGCCACCCAGGGGCCACUGCCGGAGACGCGCAACGAUUUCUGGAAGAUGGUUCUGCAGCAGAAGUCGCCCAUCAUCGUCAUGCUGACGCAAUGCAACGAGCGCCGCAGGGUGAAGUGCGACCACUACUGGCCGUUCACAGACGAGCCGGUCAUGUACGGCGACAUCAGCGUGGAGAUGCUUUCUGAGGAAGGCUCUCCGGAGUGGAUCAUCAGGAAGUUUCGACUUGGCUAUGCGGACGAGACCCUGGACGUCCUCCACCUGAACUACACCUCGUGGCCGGAUCACGGCGUUCCCACGGUCAACGCCAUCGAGAGCAUCCUGCAGUUCGUCCACAUCGUCCGGCAGCAGGCCAACAGGACCAAAGACCCCAUAGUCGUCCACUGCAGCGCCGGCGUGGGCAGAACCGGAACCUUCAUGGCCCUGGACCGCCUGAUGCAGCACAUCAGGGAACACGAGUUCGUGGACAUCCUGGGCAUGGUGUCGGACAUGAGGUCCCACCGGCUGUCCAUGGUCCAGACCGAGGAGCAGUACGUCUUCAUCCAUCAGUGCGUCCUCCUGAUGUGGCAGAAGAAGAAGCAACAGUCCAUCACAUCUGAUGUCAUCUAUGAAAACUCCAGCAAGACAUAAUGAGAUGCGAGUCCAGGCGGCGAAGGGGUGACGGCGCUUCAGGCAUCCAUUCUCUGUAGAAAAUGACCCGCUUCAUCAUCAAAACCAGAACAUGACAGAGUGACCUUUGACCCAGGCUUUUAGUUGACUCGGUGUCCUGGCGUUUGAUGGAGUUCUGCCUUAAGGAAUUUUCACUGACUGAGCAGAACCAUUCAGGUUGUUUCCAGCAACCCGCCAUGAUGCAGGAUCUCUGACCUCUGACCUCUGGGGGUCUGAGUCAGCAGUUUUCCAUUUGAUGUCGUUUUUUUAUCUCAGGAUUUGCUGGAAGCCUGCGCACCGACUUCCUUUGCUUUGUCACAUUUAGUUUCUGCCUCAGUCAGCGCUGGCGGUUAGCAGCUAGCCACUGGCAGCUAGCAGGAUGCUGAUUGGACACUGCCAUUAGAACUGAUCCUAGCGCUGCAGAACCCCCAACACAGGAAGAGGACGGCCAGGUUGUUCACAUGUCUGGGAGCACUGGGAAUGCCGCAGUUUAACUUUGCACUGAGGCCAAGGGAAGAAGGAGCCUUCGGAGCGAUCGCUGCGUUUCCGUCGCUUUGCUUCAAAGUGAAGAAAAGCUUCAGCAGCAGCAGCGACGUUUCAUCAGAACCGGAGCACAAGGGCUUCAGGAAAAGGGAAUUCUGGGAAAUUCUAGGCAGCAGAUCCGGUCCGGAGACAAAGGCUCAAACAUCUGAUCAGAACCGCAGCUGGAAAUCAGCUGCUGGCUGAACCUCCUCCUUCUUUCUGCCUGACCUUUGACCCUGCAGCUCCCAUGGAUAGAAACGAUGCACCAGAAUAAAUCCAGUCAGCUUCAGGCAGGUUAAGAGAUUAAACUCAAUGCUCCAAAAAUCAAUUUAACACUAAGUAGCUCAUCAUUGGUGGGUCUGGAUUAAAUAAUCCCAGAUGUUUGUUUUCUCUAAAUCUAAAAUUCAAAAUGUUUCAGAAGAAAAGACCUAAAACAUUUUUCCCACCUUAAACCAGGAGGCUUAAGGUGGUAAAGAUGAAAGCAGUCAGUUUGAUGAAAACGUCUCUGGGAUCAAAGCUAAUCAUGUCGUUCUCGUCUUUAACACUAGGUGGCAGUAAAUGUUACUCAUUGUAUCUGUAAAUCUGGAAUCAUCAAAUAUCUGUUUAUUUUAAUUCUCAAAACAUACUGGAAAACUUAUUUUUAAACUCUGAAUAUAGAAAAACUAAAUUAUUUUUGGAGUUGUUAUAAAGACCUGGUGAGUCAAAUUCAGGACUGUUUGGCGCCCCCAGUGGCCGUUCUGUGAAGCGUCUGCUGUUUUUUCCAUAUCAAGUUUUGGUUUUUCAUCCUUUUCUGAUUUUAUGCCUUGAAGGUUGAAUCGCUCUGGAUCUCCAUGACUUUAGAGAAUGUCUCACUGAACCCAAACUAUUGCUCUGCAUUCAGGAAGUGCACGGUGUUGUCAAAAUAAAAGCUCAACUUCUGUCAUCAUUGCAGUUUUCAGCUUCAGAAACUAAAAGGGUUUUGGUUUCAUGGCCUUAUUUUGAAAUCUUUUUUUCUAGUGAAACUAUUAACGACAAAAUCUGUUUUAUCAAAAGUAACAUUUUUCAUUGUUUCUGAUUUAUAUAAAAAAAUUGAUCUUGGUAAAAAUAGAAACGUAUUCCAUUAUUAAUGAAAAUGUUUUAUUUAAAGAAUGAAGAGUUUUUCAUUGUUAUGUUUUCAUGCUGAUAACUUGCUGGAGUUCCACAUAUUGCUGCUGUAAUGUCAGCUUUGUGUUGGUAUUUUGAUUUUGACAGCUGUUUGGUUACAAGUUCAGACUGAACUUUAUUACACAUGGAGCUUUUAUUUUGGUGGGAAUAAAAGAGAGUGGAGCAUUUUGAGGACAUUGUGUCUUUUUGUACACAGCUUUUAGUGAAUGUGGGAGUAAAGAAAAGCACAGUUUCUGUUGAGCAGCUUGGUGUUGUGGCCUUGUGGUUCCUCAGUCGCCUCGUUCUGCUUCUGGCUCCAAUUCACUGUUCGAUAUCAGAUGAACUGUACAUAAAAGUGCUGAUGAACUGCUUGUUAUUGCUCAGAACUUCUUGUGAAACUGUUGCUUUAGGCUUUUUUCUACAGUUGUAAAUGUAAAUCUUGACUCAGAGGACUCUGGAACAUUUCACGGUUCUUUCUCUUGCUUAGUGUGUCCAGUCCAAACUCGUACGUCGUUGGUGCCAAUUUUCUUGUGCAUUGUGUCACUUACAGUUUGACCUGAAACUGUCAGAAUUUUCAUGUGUGUUCAAUUAAAAUGUUGCAGAGA